CACAUCUCUAUAUAUAAUAAACACAUCGAACGAAACUCUUCUCUCAUUACAACAAACAACAACCAUCUCUUCACAUCAUCUUCUUGAAAUCUCAAUUUACACUAUCACAACAUAAAGAAAAGAUGCAAAUGCUAAGAAGCUUGAGCACGAGGACAAGAAGCCGUCGUGGAGGAUAUGAGAGAGUGAGUGAUGAUUCAAGUUUCAGUUUACUCGGAGCAAAGCUAAGAAGAUCGACGAGUGUUCCUUACUACGCCCCAUCUAUUAAGCUUGGUACCGGUGGUGUUCCGACCAUUCUUGAGGAGCUUCCUCGUCAGAAAUCCAAGAAAGUCAAACCAACAAGCAAAUUUAGCCACCCCAUCUUUAGUCUUUUCUACGGAAAGAAGAAGAAGUCGACGACGACGAAGCCCGAGUUCUCAAGGUAUCUUGAGUAUUUGAAAGAAGGUGGUAUGUGGGAUGCGAGAGCUAAUGCACCUGUUAUCUAUUACAAAUAAAUCGAUUCAUUCAUUUGUCAAAAAUAAAAAGUAUCAAGAAAGAGAGAUUUGUGAAAGCUUAAUUUCUUUUUAUUUAUUUAAAUAUCAAAUCUUUUGAAUUUGGGAUGAUCUAUGUAUAUUUUCAAUGAUCUAAUAUUUUUGUUUAUAAAAAUUGGAAACAAAACUGUAGACUUUUAAGACUAA